UACCGCGUCAGACCUGCUGCGCGUUUAGAUGCUGAUGGCACAGCGUUUCAUGCACCGCUGCAAAUUUGGUUUCCACUGUAGCCUAAAUUCAAAUCGACAGGGAUCAGUCUCAGUGUCUGUUAUUUAAAGAUAAUAUCACAUUGACGUCAGUUAUCAUCACUGUAUAUACCUGACCUUAUGCCAACAUGGCAUCAGGAAGGAAAGGCUCCACUUCAAAAGGUGGAAUAGUGCAUUUCCCUGAUGAUGAGGAAGAUGCUACCAUUAACAAUAGUUGUGAUGAAAUGCUUCAGGAUAAAGUCAUCACUGCUCUACCAGAGCCUGAUGGUGCAUAUCUUGUUAAGGUGGGAUUUUUAAGGAGCCAUCACAAAUAUGAAAUUGGCUUCUCUUUGCCACAUGUCCCCACGCUGGGCAAAGAUGUCUCCCUUUCCCCGGCACUCCGGACUACAGCAAGACCACGUCUACGUGCAACACGCAUCACACCACGCCCUGAGGGGGGAGUGAGGGUGGUUUGUGAGUACAGCGCUCAGCAGGAGGGAGUGGUACAGGAGGAACUCGCUCUGGUCAACAGGAGCAGAAGGGACAGCAGUGUCAAAGUUAGAUUACAGGCCAGAGUCAUGGAGCGCCACCAUGGGACACCAAUGUUACUUGAUGGAGUGCGAUGUAUUGGAGAAGAAAAACAUGUCACCUCCAAAAAUAAUGAAACAAAGAAGAUGUGACUAAAGCAUGUAAAUUAUGAGAAUGAACAGAAAUGAUAGCACAUGAAUGUGCAUCAGAAAUAUGAACAAACCACCUCACCCCCAGUCCUGGAGGAUCUCCAGAUCAACUGAUGGGUUUCUGCACUAGCAUACAUAUGGAGACUACAUCCUACUGAUGACAGGUCUACUAAUGGCAUCACAUAUUCAACCUAACCGUUAACAGAAUUGUGAAGGUUAUGGGUCUAUGGGAAUUGGAAGAGCAAUAGCAAUGUAUCCGGCUAAGGAUAGCAGGAAUGUUAUAAGUUUAGAUUUGUUCAGCUAUGUGCUGUUCUGUAGCUUGUGUAUAUAUAGCCUAUUCCUUGGUACUGAUAGUAUACUCUGCUCUUACACAGAUAGCCUGGAACAGAUUAUAUUUAACCCUUAUAUGACAGACAAUAGAGAAACCUUAAGUAAAUUAAUGAAAAAGUACACCCUACCCCUCUUACCCAUCCCCCUUACAGUACCACAGUAUUUAGUGAUUUAAUCAUCAAAGCUCUCUGUGAUUAAAAAAACCAAACCAAACACACACACACACACACACACAAAACAGGCUAAAUAUAAUACUUUUUAAGAUUGUCUUGAUAUUAGAUCAGAAAAUCAGAAGAAGUUUACAAAAGGUUUUGUUUGUAUAUUCUGCACCACUAGCAUCACCAAAUGGUAUAGCACUGGCUCUUUUGGUUACUAUUUUGAAUUUAGUGUGCUUUAAUAGCUUUUUUUACAAGUCCUACUUGCACCCCACCAUAGUGUUGUAUAGAAAAUGUAUGCAUGUAUUUGGAUUUUAUUGGAUGUGUGUUGCUAUUAAAAAGGAAGAAAUCAACAAUCACAAGCAUUUUCUAUGCUUCUAACAGAAGGGGACUCACAGUAAGCUCAGGAUAUUUACAUCCCACAUAGCCAGUAUGGUCAAUUUUUGUACAAAAAGUAAAGUGCUAUGAAAUCAAAUGCAAUCAUAUACAA